GAGCGCGGCGCGUCCGCACCGGAUCGGACAGCCCAGGGAGGUGGCACUGGCGGGAGGGUCGGAACCAUGGCGGCUAGGGCGGCGGUAGACGGGCGCUGGGAGGUGGUGAAGAAGGGGCGGCGGCCUGGGGCCGGCGGCAGGGGUAGAGGCGGCGGAGGGGACCGCCGGGCGCUCGGAGAGGCGAACGGAGGGUGGAAAUACGACCUGACCCCUCCAAUCCAGACCACAAGCACUCUGUAUGAGCGGGGCUUUGAGAGAAUCAUGAAGCGGCAGAAUAAGGAGCAGGUUCCCCCUCCUGCUAUGGAACCUAAGAAACCAAAGAGCAAGAAACAGACUAAGAAGGUGGUGACCCUCACCAACCAAAACCCGAAGCAGGGCCGUUUCCGCAGCCUGGAGGAGGCACUGAAAGCUCUGGACGUGGCAGCUCUGCAGAAGGAACUGGACAAGAGCCAGAGCGUGUUCUCUGGAAACCCAUCUGUGUGGUUGAAGGAUCUGGCCAGCUACCUCAACUACAAGCUCCAAGCACCUCUAAGUGAACCCACACUAAGCCAGCAUACUCAUGAUUAUCCCUACAGCGUGGUGAGCCGGGAGCUGCGUGGGAUCAUCCGAGGGCUGCUGGCAAAGGCAGCUGGGUCUCUCGAGCUCUUUUUUGACCACUGUCUGUUCACCAUGCUGCAAGAGCUUGAUAAAACGCCAGGGGAGUCACAGCAUGGUUACCGCAUCUGUAUCCAGGCCAUUCUGCAAGACAAGCCCAGGAUUGCCACCAUGAACCUGGGCAAGUUUCUUGAACUGCUGAGGUCCCACCAGAGCCGACCAGCAAAGUGUCUGACCAUCAUGUGGGCCGUGGGUCAAGCAGGUUUUGCUAACCUCACCGAGGGACUGAAAGUGUGGCUGGGGAUCAUGCUGCCUGUGCUUGGUAUCAAGUCUCUGUCUCCCUUCGCCAUUGCAUACCUGGAUCGACUGCUCCUGAUGCACCCCAACCUCACCAAGGGCUUUGGCACGAUCGGUCCCAAGGACUUCUUCCCACUUCUGGACUUUGCCUAUAUGCCUAACAACUCCCUGACACCCAGCCUGCAGGAGCAGCUGUGUCAGCUCUACCCCCGACUGAAGGUGCUGGCGUUUGGGGCGAAGCCAGAAGCCACCCUACAUACCUACUUCCCUUCCUUCCUGUCCAGAGCCACCCCAAGCUGCCCUCCUGAGAUGAAGAAAGAGCUCCUGAGCAGCCUGACUGAGUGCCUGACGGUGGACCCCCUCAGUGCCAGUGUCUGGAGGCAGCUGUACCCCAAGCACCUGUCACAGUCCAGCCUACUGCUGGAGUACCUGCUCAGGUCCUGGGAGCAGAUUCCCAAGAAGGCACGGAAGUCUUUGCAAGAAACCAUUCAAUCCUUCAAGGUUACCAACCAGGAGCUGCUAAGGAAGUGCAGCUGUAACAACCAGGAUGUCGUCACCUGUGAUGUGGCCUGCAAGGGUCUGUUGCAACAGGCAUGGAGCUGCCGACUGCCCUUGACACAGCUGCUCCUCUUGGUGCUGGUCUUCGCCAUAGGUUUCCUGUGCCAUGACUUCCGGUCACACAGCUCUUUCCAGGCCUCUGUUUCUGGUCAGUUGCUUCAUUCAUCUGGUUUCUUGCCUGCUGGCCAACAAGCAUGUGCCAAGAUCUACUUCUACAGCGUGCAAGGUUACAGCUGGCUAGAGGAGACGUUGCCAGCCUGGGGCUCCCACCUGCUGACUGUGGUGAGGCCCGGCUUGCAGCUAGCCUGGAAACACACCAGUGCCACAGUCAGCUUCCUUUCUGCCCACUGUGCCUCGCACAUUGCCUGGUUCGGUAACAGCCUCACCAGCCUCUCCCAGAGAAUCCAGCUCCCUGACGCCCUAACCCAGCUGCUCCAUUCUCUAAAGGAGUUGCUCCUACUUCUCUACCAGAACGUGCUGGUGCCCUUGUGGCACAUACUGCUUGAGGCCCUGGCCCGGGCCCAGGAGCACUGCCACGAGGCAUGCAGGGUAUAACUACAUUACCUCUUGGAAGCUGAGCAGCUCAUGUUGGGCAGAAUCCUGCUUUCGUAGUGGCAGUUAGCCAUGACCACUUUUCCCAGAAAGAAAGAAACUACCUGGCAAAGGGCCAGGCCCAGGACUGCUAGGCAGGAUUGUCCAAGGGUCUCAAGACAUUUUCCAUUUCCUCAGUUCUUCCUUAUCAAUCAGAAAUGGCUUCAAUUCUUAAAAAUAGUGGAUCCUUGUAACUGGCCUGUUCUCAGGGCAAGUUGAAAGGGGGCUGGUAUGAACCUGAGUUGGUGACAGUACAGGACAAGUAAAAUGAUGACACUCGUACAGUGACAUCAAGUCUGACCAAGACUGCUGGACCGAGGUCUCAAUCCAGCAACUCAGAAUGGCACUUAGUGCUACAUCAGCUUCUAUUAUCCAUUUACCUUGUUGGGUACAUUUAAUUUCUGCAUAAAAUCCUGGGUUGUUGCAUUUCUCUUCAUCAACUUAGGAUAACUAGGUCUCCACAGCCUUUCACAGGAACUAGGACACCUUAAUUGGCUUUUUUUGAUAGAUGUAGUUGUUUGGCCCAAUACUGGAAUUGUCCAGAAUUUAUCCUUUGUCAGAAGAGUAAUCCACUAAACACCACACCUACUGUCCCUUAGCUAAACCAGACACCUAGACCUUUCAUUUUGUGCAGCACUGUCACUAACCAGGAAUCCAUGCUGAGCCAGUGAGUUGAGCCAAUGUGGACUAGUAGAAUACACUGAGCUGACAGGUGGACAGUCACACUGUGACUAUUGAUGUUAUGGAAGAACAGAAACUGAUACCUCAGAAGGUCACAUCUGAACAUUGCAACUUUUCACACACAGCUGGAAUUCUGCCGCUAACAUGCCAUAAAACUGAAGGGCCAUUUAAGUAUAGUUCUCUUACUAAUGUAUUACCAGUUCUUGUAUGGACCUGCAAAUUACAUCACAUGACACAUUUGAAACACUUCACAUCUUUUUAAGUCAUAAAGCUCAUUUCCAGAUUUGUAUCCAGCUUUACAGCAGGGCAGCUUGAUGGGUAGCCUUACUAUGCCCAGAUAAUGUUGCCCCACAAACAACGUUGUUGGACUUGGCUGCUUGCAAAUGCCAUCACUCUUAGGGUGAAAUGUUUUCCAUCGAGACAGGCAUGCCUACCCUGCUCUAUUCCAGAACGACCCAGUUAUCAAUUACAUGGAGAUUUCAAUAGUGAUGUGACCUGAACAUUAUAAUGUCUUAGCUCUACUAGUGAUCCAUGUUUUUUUAUCAUACUCAUGGUUCUGCUCCCAAAAGGGCUUGAGGGGACAAAGGACCUUGCUCUUCCCUAUGUGGGAUUCCAUUUUAGUGGGUAGUUUCAUUACCCCAGACUUGGGUAUCAGAAGGUAUAAGAAGGAAUUUGGGGAGGGGGUGGAGCUACCACCAUUUAGGGUAUGAAUAAAUAUCCAUCGAAUAUUCUGCCUAUUAAUAAAGUUUAAUUCAGAUGC